CAUAUUGUUCUUACCUUUUGGUUUCUUCCGAAUAUUCGUAACCUUUUCCCGCGAUCCGUACACGUUAAUUAAAUGCACACGUGUCCGCCUGCUGGUCUUCCCGGACUCUUUGCCUUCGCCCGUAAGAUCUUUCCCCCCGCGAUGCGCUAUUUUAAACUGGCCGCUGAUUCAUCGUAUUUCCUGAUUAAACUCCUAAUUACAAAUUGAUAACCUUAAUCUACGGUUUCGUUUCUUCGUAUAUUUACGAAGCUUUAAACCAUGGGAGGCGGAGUGAUGAGAGCGGCGGGGAUCACCGUGGCGAAUGGUGGCUUCCGUGCCAUCACUUUGGAGCAUUGCCCGGUUUUCUCCGCCACCGUCAAGGCGGCUUCUUCCCGUCCUGAGGCGUCUCAGUCUCAGGCUGGCGUUCAGAUGACGUCUUCGGAGAUGGAUGACUGGGUGUUCGCCGGGGAGAAGGCGGAGCCGGUUGUAAGCGCCGUUGAUCAAAUGCCGAGGGUUGUGUUCGGCGGGAGGCCGACUCUUCAGGAAGCUAAAGAGGCUACUUCGGACCUCACGGUGGCGCUUGAAAAGGUUUAUCUGUCAUCUAUCCACUCAUCAGCUGGUUCUGAAGUUUCAUUUGCCAAAAGUCUUUACCCUUGCUUAUCUGUUUCAAGCUCACAACUUAUAGAGAACAAAGCCAGUGAGAGAGCUGUUGCACCUGCAGUACCAGCCCACGCCUUUAUGGCAUUUCAGUUUCUAUAUGAAAGCUCUGCAGCUCAGGAUGUUGUUGCUUCAAUUGCCUGUGAUCAAAAUGUGUGGAAUGCUGUAUUACAUAACCAGGAGCUUCAGGGUUUCUGCAGUCACAAAGAGCAGGUUUAGCAUACUCAAGCAUGAAUCAGUCAUCAGAGAGGAUUGAUGUUGCAUACGAGCAUGCUGAACCUCAGCCUGAUAAUGAGUUUGUUGAUUUCGUUCGGAAGGUCAAGACUACAGUGGUUGA